AUGUGCCUUUCAGUGCUGGGUUCAGAUCGCAGUCCAAGUGCCGACUUUGAACCAGUGUACAAACCUGAUCCGAGCUCCCAGGUGCUGAGUGUUUCUAAGCGUGCUGGGAGCUGCAAAUACAUUUCCUUCUGUUCCAGGCCUGAUGGACACCAGAAUAACUUGAGGAGCUCUGCAUAUGAAGCUCUGAUGGAAAUAGUGAAGAACAGUGCCAAGGACUGUUACCCUGCUGUCCAGAAGACAACGUUGGUCAUCAUGGAGCGGCUUCAGCAAGUGCUGCAGAUGGAGUCUCAUAUCCAGAGCACUUCAGACAGAAUCCAGUUCAAUGAUCUUCAGUCUCUUCUCUGCGCUACUCUCCAGAACGUCCUGCGGAAGGUGCAGCACCAGGAUGCCCUGCAGAUCUCAGACGUAGUGAUGGCAUCUCUGCUGAGGAUGUUCCAGAGCACAGCAGGCUCAGGGGGUGUGCAGGAGGAUGCCCUGAUGGCAGUCAGCACCCUGGUGGAAGUCUUAGGUGGAGAGUUCCUGAAGUACAUGGAUGCCUUCAAACCGUUCCUUGGCAUUGGACUGAAGAACUAUGCUGAAUACCAGGUCUGUCUGGCUGCAGUGGGCCUGGUUGGCGACCUAUGCAGAGCCCUGCAAUCCAACAUCUUGCCUUUCUGUGAUGAGGUUAUGCAGCUGCUCUUGGAGAACUUGGGGAAUGAAAACGUUCAUAGGUCUGUGAAGCCACAGAUUCUCUCUGUGUUUGGAGAUAUCGCCCUUGCUAUUGGAGGAGAAUUCAAGAAGUACCUGGAUGUUGUACUGAACACCCUCCAGCAGGCUUCCCAGGCACAGGUUGAUAAGUCGGACUAUGAUAUGGUGGAUUACCUGAAUGAGCUGAGGGAGGGCUGCCUGGAAGCUUACACGGGCAUCAUUCAGGGAUUGAAGGGAGACCAAGAAAAUGUGCACCCGGAUGUGAUGCUGGUGCAGCCCAGAGUAGAAUUUAUUCUGUCUUACAUUGACCACAUUGCUGGAGAUGAGGAUCAUACAGACGUAGUAGUGGCAUGUUCUGCUGGACUGAUAGGGGAUUUGUGUACAGCAUUUGGAAAAGAUGUACUGAAAUUAGUAGAAGCUAGACCCAUGAUACAUGAACUGCUAACUGAAGGAAGAAGAUCCAAGACGAACAAAACGAAAACCCUCGCUACCUGGGCGACUAAAGAACUGAGAAAACUGAAGAAUCAAGCUUGAUCUGCUACCAUUGGGAUGACACCUGAGACCCCCACUGGAAAUCUCCAAUCUUUUGAAAAAAAAGAAAAAAAAA